CAGCUGCACGGAGCUGGAAAAUGUUUUCCCAUUAAAUCGCUGAAAAUCCGCUAAAAAUCAAGACUAAAACGCUUCCACGACGCGAAAUCAUUGCCGCGACGCCGUAUUUGUAGUUUUAAUCAACCUGAAACAACUGAAAAUACUCUCAAUAGUGCCAAGUGAAACAUUUUACAAAAACACACAAAGAUACCAAUCAUCAAAACCAGCCAAACCCUUUCAUACACAUACAACGCCAUAUACAUUUUUCUCCUAUUUACUCGUGAAAAAAAAAGUAUUUUGCUUGAAAAAUGGCACUUUCCACAUCUUUAUCCGCCGAAAACCUCACCGGAAACAACGAAACCAGCAGUGAUACGUCAUCGAUGUGCCUGGAAUUGGCUCUGGAGGGCGAACGCUUGUGCAAAUCGGGCGAUUGUCGGGCUGGAGUUGCAUUUUUCCAGGCUGCCAUUUCCAGUGGUACCAAUGAUUUAAGAACCCUCAGUGCCAUUUAUAGUCAACUAGGAAACGCAUAUUUUUAUUUGGGCGACUACCAGAAAGCAAUGCAGUAUCACAAGUUGGAUUUAACUCUUGCCAGGUCCAUGGACGAUCGUUUGGGAGAGGCAAAGAGCUCGGGCAAUCUCGGAAAUACGCUCAAAGUUAUGGGACGCUUCGAGGAAGCGGUCAUUUGUUGUGAGAGACACUUGAAAAUCGCUACCGAAUUGGGCGACAAAUUAUCCGAAGGCAGAGCUCUGUACAACUUGGGCAACGUUUAUCACGCCAAAGGCAAAGAGCUGCGUCAAAAAGACGACUCUUCCGGCGAAUUUUCCGACGAAAUCAAGGCAGCACUCAACAAAGCCAUCGAAUAUUACCAGAAAAAUUUGACUCUGAUGCGCGAAUUGGGCGAUUUGGCGGCUCAGGGACGUGCUUGCGGUAACUUGGGCAACACUUACUACCUUUUGGGAAAUUUCGAACAAGCGAUCGAACAUCACAAGGAACGUUUAAAGAUUGCGCGGGAAUUUGGAGACAAGCCCGCCGAACGUCGUGCCAACAGUAACCUCGGAAAUUCGUACAUUUUCCUCGGGGAAUUCGAAAUUGCGGCGGAACACUACAAGAAAACACUUUCGCUGGCGAUCGAUUUGGGCGAACAAGCAGUCGAGGCGCAGGCUUGUUACAGUUUGGGCAACACUUUUACACUUUUGCGUGAUUUUCCGGCAGCGAUUCAGUAUCAUCAGCGUCAUUUGGCGAUCGCGCAAGAGCUUGGCGAUCGGAUUGGAGAGGCACGAGCUUAUUGGUCGCUUGGAAAUGCGCAUGCAGCUGUUGCAGACAACGACAAGGCUUUGCAUUAUGCCCAGCUGCAUUACGUGCUUGCGAAGGAAAUUGGCGAUUUGAAGGGCGAAGAGACCGCAAAGAUGAAUAUCGGGGAUUUGCGACGCGUUAUGGGCUUGCCGGAGAUGUCAGACUCCGAUUCACUGCCAGAAAUUCCUAAUCACGACAAUCAAAGUAACGGAAGUCGUCAAAUUCGGGUGCGGCGACAGAGCAUGGAGCAACUUGACUUGAUAAAACUCACGCCGGAUGCCAAGCAAGCCGCCAAAUUACAACAACAACAACAGCAACAGCAAGAAUUAAACGGCGAAGAAACGGAAAAUGUAAAUUCCGACUUGUUUGACAUGCUCACGAAAUUCCAGAGCAAACGAAUGGACGAUCAACGAUGCACUUUGAAGGUAAACGGAACCACAAACGGCGAUUCGCGUAAACCAUUGGCACCACAAAACACGCCAAAAACCACUUUUAUCGACAUGAUUGCGAAUUUCCAGUCGGAACGCAUGGAUGAGCAACGUGCUGCCUUGCCGGGACUCCGUUCGCCCGCUGCUGUUACGCCAAGUCACAAUCAUCAACCCGCCGAUGCUCCUGCUUCAGCUCCCGAAAAUAACGGAAGUGCUCCGUCGUCGCAAAACAAUGAAACGUCCGAAGAUUUCCUCGAUUUGCUUGCGCGUUGUCAGGGAAGUCGCAUCGAAGAUCAGCGCUCCGAGUUACCGACGCCCGGCGUCACAAUGGAUACGGAAGCGGAUGCGAAUGAAACGCAACCAACGCCGGCACGGAAUCCACGCGUGCCUGCCUCCACGAUCGACGAAGACUUCUUUUCGCUCAUCAUGAAAGUGCAGAGCGGCAGAAUGGAUGAUCAACGCGCCAGCGUACCAAGUACCAAAAAAUUCGCUAAAUAAACAAAAAAAUACUGCUUUAUACAAUUUUAAAGAAAAAAACAUAAAAAUCAUAAAAAUAAUGAAGAAAAAAGUAUUAGAAACAAACAUAUACAAACUCAACUACUAACAAAUUUUUAAACAUUCUUUAUCUCUAUUUCAUUCCUUUUACUCGAUUUUAAUUAUUACAAUUAACGUUAUUAUUAAAAAAAAAUAUUGUUACU